ACUAAUAAACGAAAACAAAGUUCUCAAUUCCAUAAGCAACGAACAAAGCAGAAAAAGCAAAUGGCCACGCUGCCUUACGCUGACGUGGAUUCCAGCUUGAGAGCCAUGGCCGGUCGAGCAGAAGGGUUUGGCCGGUUCUCCAUCGGUGGCCUCCACGGUCCUCUCUACUCUGUCACCACCUUGGCUGAUGAUGGGCCAGGAUCACUACGAGAGGGUUGCAGGAGACAAGAACCAUUGUGGAUUGUUUUCGAGGUUUCUGGUACAAUUAAUCUUGUGUCACAAUUAAGCGUGUCAUCUUAUAAAACAAUAGAUGGCAGAGGUCAAAGAAUUAAGGUUGCAGGUAAAGGAUUAAGAUUGAAAGAAUGUGAACACGUAAUUGUCUGUAACCUGGAAUUUGAAGGUGGUAGAGGACAUGAUAUUGAUGGCAUCCAAAUAAAGCCUAAUUCUAGACAUAUUUGGAUUGAUCGAUGUAGUCUUCGUGAUUAUGAUGAUGGUCUUAUUGAUAUUACCAGACAAAGCACUGAUAUCACUGUUUCAAGGUGUUAUUUUGCACAACAUGACAAGACAAUGCUGAUUGGAGCAGAUGCAUCUCAUGUUGGUGAUAGAUGCAUAAGAGUGACAAUUCAUCAUUGUUUUUUUAAUGGAACAAGGCAAAGACAUCCGCGUCUUAGAUUCGGGAAAGUUCAUUUGUACAACAACUAUACAAGGAAUUGGGGAAUUUAUGCUGUUUGUGCAAGUGUAGAAGCCCAGAUAUAUUCUCAAUGCAAUAUAUAUGAAGCAGGACAGAAGAAAAAGACUUUUGAAUUUUACACAGAAAAGGCGGCAGACAGACAAGGGGCUAGUUCUGGUUUAAUAAGAUCUGAAGGAGAUGUAUUGCUGAAUGGAGCUCAAUCAUGCUUAUUACAAGGUGUUGGAGAAAACUGUGUGUUCCAUCCAGGUGAAUAUUAUCCAACUUGGACCCUGGAGUCCCCCUUGGAUUCUCUGAAAGAUGUCCUCCAAAUCUGCACUGGUUGGCAAUCUAUUCCUCGACCAGCAGGGAUGUAGAUAGUUGCGUAGUUCCAUAGAUGUAGAUAGUUGCGUAGUUCCAUAUGUAUUUUCGAGCUUUAUAUCUGUUUGUGAUUUCGACCAACAAAAACAUAUACUGAUGUGUCAAGUAAAAAAGGUAAUGCUGGGUUACAAAUUCCUUGAUCUUA